AUGGAUCCAGAUUCCGACGGGGGCCCGACCCCCACCGAGCAAAAAUCAAAGAAAAGGAAAUUGCCCGAUACUCGCAAAGGAAAUGCCGUCGACUACAAAAUUUUCACAAAAACAAAUUACACGCGACAAUUCCCAGAAAACCACAGCGUAGACUGCGUAGUCUACGUUGAAUCACAAGAAAGCGAAAAAAUUGGUAACAAAAAUCCAAUAACACUUACAAAGUUAUUUACGGAAAAUGUAAAAGGAAUCGCUGGCGUCCACAGAGUGAACGCAUAUAAAGUGGGCAUAAUGUUCAGAAAACCAGCACCGGCCAAUAACUUCCUUACCAUGACACACUUUCUGGGAAAACACAAAUUAAAAGCAUUUGUGCCUGCGCACCUCACUGAAAUUACUGGAGUCAUAAGAUACGUACCUAAAGACUUAAGCAAUGAAGACAUAUACAAAAGCAUUACCUGCGAUGCAGAAGUCAUCUCCGUCAAGAGAUUUAUGCGAAAGGUAGAUGGAAAGCUCACUCCGCUGGGGACCAUUGCAGUGACCUUCGCUGCGACAGCGCUGCCGCAGCACGCCUACAUACAGAUGUUCAGAUACCCGGUCCACAUAUACAUCCCUCCAUUACUACAGUGCUACAAAUGCCUGAAGUUUAAUCACUCUGCGAAAGUCUGCCGAGGUUCUCAAAUGUGUUCUUCGUGCUCCGGACAACACUCCUACAAAGAAUGCGACGUCGAAAAAAUUGUGUGCAUCAACUGUCAAGGUGGUCACUUAGCCAUCUCUAGGGACUGUCCAGCGAAGCAACAAAAGAUGGAAGAGAAGAAGAAUAAGUAUUUAAAACCAAACCGAUCGUAUGCCGCUGUGGUGAGUAUCCCAGCAAUGCCCGACCCGAGAGCAUUCCCAAACCUUAAACCUGUAAAGACUAUUGAUACUGACAUAAAUAAAGUACCAUAUAAUGCUGAGCAAAUACUAAACAACGAGUUAAUUAUUAAUGCGCUAGUCAAAUCAUUAGUUAUGCUUGGCAAUGACAAGAGCAGCGCUCCGAUUACAAAUAAAAGAAUUAAAGACAUACUUUUAAGUAAUUUAAUACCAUAA